AUGAAUAUAGCUGAGACAACAACUGUCACCGAAGGUACAACCGUCUCUCAAAAUACAAGCACCCCAGCUGAAACUGUCAAUGACGCCACAACAUCGCCAGUGACUAGCAACAAAGAUACAACUGUCUCUGAGUGGACAGGCACUACCACUAAAACAGCAAUUGUCACUACCGCAACAACCUCUCAGACGACUAGCAGCGUGGGCACAACUAUACCGCAGACAACCAAAACUACCUCUGACACAACAUCUGUCACAGCUGCCACAACCUCGUCUGUGACUUAUACCGAAGGUACACCCAACACUUCCGCUGAAACAACAACUGUCACUGCCGCCAACAAUUCACCGGUGACUAGCAACAAAGGUAUAACCGUCUCUCAAACUAUCGACACUACCGCUGAAACAACGACUGUCACUACCGCCACAACUUCACCAGUGACUAACAGCGAAGGCACAAAUAUUACGCAGACAACCGGAUCAACUGCUGACACAACAUCUGUCACAGCUGCCUCAACCUCGCCUGUGACAAAUACAGAAAGUACAACCGUCUCUCAGACACCCGACACUACCGCUAAAACAACAACUGUAACUGCCGCCACCACUUCACCAGUGACAAACACCGAAGGUACAAUCGUCUCUCAAACUACCAGCACUGCCGCUGAAAAAACGACUGUCAUUGUCGCCACAACUUCGCCAGAGACUAUCACCAAAAGUACAACUGUCUCUGAGACAACCGGCCCUACCUCUGAAACAACAAAUGUCACUGCCGCCACAACUUCACCAGGGAGUAGCAGCGAAGGCACAACUAUCUCUCAAACAACCGGUACUACCGCUGACACAACGACUGUCCCUGUCGCCACCACUUCACCAGUGACUAGCACCGAAGGAACAACCGUCUCUCAAACAACCGGAACUACCGCUGAAACAACAACUGUCACUGCUGCCACCAUUUCACCAGUGACCAGAACCGAAGGUACAACCGUUUCGCAAACUACCGACAAUACCGCUGUAACAACGACUGUCACUGCCACCACAACUUCACCAGUGACUAGUACUGAAGGUACACUCGUCUCUCAAACUACCGGCAUUAACGCUGAAACAACAACUGUCACUGCCGCCACCUCUUCACCAGUAACUAGGACCGAAGGUACAACUGUCUCACAGACUUCUAGAACAACACCUGUUUUACAGACUACUGGCAUUUCAGCUCAGACAACGACUGGCACAAUCGCAACUACUACAUCGCCAUUGACCAGCACCGAAGGUUCAACCGUCUCUCAGACUACUAGAACAACAGUGUCAAGCACCGAAGGUAAAACUGUCUCACAGACUACUGGCAUUUCAGCUCAUACAACAACAGGCACAGUCGAAGCUACCACCUCGCCAGUGACCAGCACCGACGGUUCAACCGUGUCUCAGACUACAGGCACAACAGUAUCAGGCACCGAAGGUACAACUGUCUCACAGACUACUGGCACUAUAACUGAGACAAAUACUGGCACAGUCGCAACUACCACCUCGCCAGUGACGAGCACCAAUGGUACAACUGUCUCUCAGACUACUGUCAAUACAGCUGAGACAACGACUGGCACAGUCGCAACUACCACCUCGCCAGUGACGAGCACCGAAGUUACAACUGUCUCUCAGACUACUGGCACUACAGCUGAGACAACGACUGACACAGUCGCAACAACCACCUCGCCAGGGACAAGCACCGACGGUACAACUGUCACUGCCGCCACCACUUCACCAGUGACUAGCACCAAAGGUACAACGGUCUUUCAAACUACUGGUACUACCGAUGAAACAACGACUGUCACUGUCGCCAAAACGUCACCAGUGACUACCACUGAUGGUACAACCAUCUCUCAAACAACCAGCUCAACAAUUUUGACAACAACUGUCACGGACAACACAACUUCACAAGUGACAAGUACCGAAGGUACAACCGUCUCACAAACUACCGGCACUUCUGCUGAAACAAGGACUGUCACUGCUGCCAGCACUUCACCAGUGACAAGCACCGAUGGUACAACCGUCUCUAAAACUACCGACAAUACCGCUGUAACAACGACUGUCACUGCCACCACAACUUCACCAGUGACUACUCAGACAACAACAGGCACAGUCGAAGCUACCAACUCGCCAGUGACCAGAACCGACGGUUCAACCGUGUCUCAGACUACAGGCACAACAGUAUCAGGCACCGAAGGUACAACUGUCUCACAGACCACUGGCACUAUAACUGAGACAACUACUGGCACAGUCGAAACUACCACCUCGCCAGUGACGAGUACCAAUGAUACAACUGUCCCUCAGACUACUGUCAAUACAGCUGAGACAACGACUGGCACAGUCGCAACAACCACCUCGCCAACUACUGGCAUUUCAGCUCAGACAACAACAGGCACAGUCGAAGCUACCACCUCGCCAGUGACCAGCACCGACGGUUCAACCGUGUCUCAGACUACAGGCACAACAGUAUCGGGCACCGAAGGUACAACUGUCUCACAGACUACUGGCACGAUAACUGAGACAACUACUGGCACAGUCGCAACUACCACCUCGCCAGUGACGAGUACCAAUGAUACAACUGUCCCUCAGACUACUGUCAAUACAGCUGAGACAACGACUGGCACAGUCGCAACAACCACCUCGCCAGUGGCAAGCACCGACGGUACAACUGUCACUGCCGCCACCUCUUCACCAGUGACUAGGACCGAAGGUACAACUGUCUCACAGACUAGUAGAAAAACACCUGAGACAAAGACUGGCACAAUCGCAACUACUACAUCGCCAUUGACCAGCACCGAAGCUCAAGCAACAACAGGCACAGUCGAAGCAACCACCUCGCCAGUGACCAGCACCGACGGUUCAACCGUGUCUCAGACUACAGGCACAACAGUAUCGGGCACCGAAGGUACAACUGUCUCACAGGCUACUGGCACUAUAACUGAGACAACUACUGGCACAGUCGCAACUACCACCUCGCCAGUGAGAAGCACCAAUGGUACAACUGUCUCUCAGACUACUGUCAAUACAGCUGAGACAACGACUGGCACAGUCGCAACUACCACCUUGCCAGUGACGAGCACCGAAGGUACAACUGUCUCUCAGACUACUGGCACUACAGCUGAGACAACGACUGGCACAGUCGCAACUACCACCUCGCCAUUGACCAGCACCGAAGGUUCAACCGUCUCUCAGACUACUAGAACAACAGUGUCAAGCACCGAAGGUACAACUAUCUCACAGACUACUGGCAUUUCAGCUCAGACAACAACAGGCACAGUCGAAGCUACCACCUCGCCAGUGACCAGCACCGACGGUUCAACCGUGUCUCAGACUACAGGCACAACAGUAUCAGGCACCGAAGGUACAACUGUCUCACAGACUCCUGGCACUAUAACUGAGACAACUACUGGCACAGUCGCAACUACCACCUCGCCAGUGACGAGCACCAAUGGUACAACUGUUUCACAGACUACUAGAACAACACCUGAGACAACGACUGGCACAAUCACAACUACUACAUCGCCAUUGACCAGCACCGAAGAUUCAACCGUCUCUCAGACUACUAGAACAACAGUGUCAAGCACCGAAGGUACAACUGUUCCACAGACAACUGGCAUUUCAGCUCAGACAACAACAGGCACAGUCGAAGCUACCACCUCGCCAGUGACCAGCACCGACGGUUCAACCGUGUCUCAGACUACAGGCACAACAGUAUCAGGCACCGAAGCUCAAGCAACAACAGGCACAGUCGAAGCUACCACCUCGCCAGUGACCAGCACCGACGGUUCAACCGUGUCUCAGACUGCAGGCACAACAGUAUCGGGAACCGAAGGUACAACUGUCUCACAGGCUACUGGCACUAUAACUGAGAAAACUACUGGCACAGUCGCAACUACCACCUCGCCAGUAACAAGCACCAACGGUACAACUGUCUUUCAGACUACUGUCAAUACAGCUGAGACAACGACUGGCACAGUCGCAACUACCACCUUGCCAGUGACGAGCACCGAAGCUCAGACAACAACAGGCACAGUCGAAGCUACCACCUCGCCAGUGACCAGCACCGACGGUUCAACCGUGUCUCAGACUACAGGCACAACAGUAUCAGGCACCGAAGGUACAACUGUCUCACAGACUACUGGCACUAUAACUGAGACAACUACUGGCACAGUCGCAACUACCACCUCGCCAGUGACGAGCACCAAUGAUACAACUGUCUCUCAGACUACUGUCAAUACAGCUGAGACAACGACUGGCACAGUCGCAACAACCACCUCGCCAGUGGCAAGCACCGACGGUACAACUGUCACUGCCGCCACCUCUUCACCAGUGACUAGGACCGAAGCUCAAGCAACAACAGGCACAGUCGAAGCUACCACCUCGCCAGUGACCAGCACCGACGGUUCAACCGUGUCUCAGACUACAGGCACAACAGUAUCGGGCACCGAAGGUACAACUGUCUCACAGACUACUGGCACUAUAACUGAGACAACUACUGGCACAGUCGCAACUACCACCUCGCCAGUGACGAGCACCAAUGAUACAACUGUCUCUCAGACUACUGUCAAUACAGCUGAGACAACGACUGGCACAGUCGCAACAACCACCUCGCCAGUGGCAAGCACCGACGGUACAACUGUCACUGCCGCCACCUCUUCACCAGUGACUAGGACCGAAGGUACAACCGUCUCUCAGACUACUAGAACAACAGUGUCAAGCACCGAAGGUACAACUGUUUUACAGACUACUGGCAUUUCAGCUCAGACAACGACUGGCACAAUCACUACUGGCAUUUCAGCUCAGACAACAACAGGCACAGUCGAAGCUACCACCUCGCCAGUGACCAGCACCGACGGUUCAACCGUGUCUCAGACUACAGGCACAACAGUAUCGGGCACCGAAGGUACAACUGUCUCACAGACUACUAGCACUAUAACUGAGACAACUACUGGCACAGUCGCAACUACCACCUCGCCAGUGACAAGCAAAAAUGGUACAACUGUCUCUCAGACAACUGUCAAUACAGUUGAGAUAACGACUGGCACAGUCGCAACUACCACCUUGCCAACUACUGACAUUUCAGCUCAAGCAACAACAGGCACAGUCGAAGCUACCACCUCGCCAGUGACCAGCACCGACGGUUCAACCGUGUCUCAGACUACAGGCACAACAGUAUCGGGCACCGAAGGAACAACUGUCUCACAGACUACUGGCACUAUAACUGAGACAACUCCUGGCACAGUCGCAACUACCACCUCGCCAGUGACAAGCACCAAUGGUACAACUGUCUCUCAGACUACUGUCAAUACAGCUGAGACAACGACUGGCACAGUCGCAACUACCACCUCGCCAGUGACGAGCACCGAAGGUACAACUGUCUCACAGACUACUAGAACAACACCUGAGACAACGACUGGCACAAUCACAACUACUACAUCGCCAUUGACCAGCACCGAAGGUUCAACCGUCUCUCAGACUACUAGAACAACAGUGUCAAGCACCGAAGUUACAACUGUUUCACAGACUACUGGCAUUUCAGCUCAGACAACAACAGGCACAGUCGAAGCUACCACCUCGCCAGUGACCAGCACCGACGGUUCAACCGUGUCUCAGAAUACAGGCACAACAGUAUCAGGCACCGAAGGUACAACUGUCUCACAGACUACUGGCACUUUAACUCAGACAACUACUGGCACAGUCGCAACUACCACCUCGCCAGUGACGAGCACUAAUGAUACAACUGUCUCUCAGACUACUGGCAAUACAGCUGAGGCAACGACUGGAACAGUCGCAACAACCACCUCGCCAGUGGCAAGCACCGACGGUACAACUGUCACUGCCGCCACCUCUUCACCAGUGACUAGGACCGAAGGUACAACUGUCUCACAGACUAGUAGAAAAACACCUGAGACAACGACUGGCACAAUCGCAACUACUACAUCGCCAUUGACCAGCACCGAAGGUACAACUGUUUCACAGACUACUGACAUUUCAGCUCAAGCAACAACAGGCACAGUCGAAGCUACCACCUCGCCAGUGACCAGCACCGACGGUUCAACCGUGUCUCAGACUACAGGCACAACAGUAUCGGGCACCGAAGGUACAACUGUCUCACAGACUACUGGCACUAUAACUGAGACAACUACUGGCAUAGUCGCAACUACCACCUCGCCAGUGACAAGCACCAAUGGUACAACUGUCUCUAAGACAACUGUCAAUACAGCUGAGAUAACGACUGGCACAGUCGCAACUACCACCUUGCCAGUGACGAGCACCGAAGCUCAAGCAACAACAGGCACAGUCGAAGCUACCACCUCGCCUGUGACCAGCACCGACGGUUCAACCGUGUCUCAGACUACUGGCACAACAGUAUCGGGAACCGAAGGUACAACUGUCUCACAGACUACUGGCACUAUAACUGAGACAACUACUGGCACAGUCGCAACUACCACCUCGCCAGUGACGAGCACCAAUGAUACAACUGUCUCUCAGACUACUGUCAAUACAGCUGAGACAACGACUGGCACAGUCGCAACAACCACCUCGCCAGUGGCAAGCACCGACGGUACAACUGUCACUGCCGCCACCUCUUCACCAGUGACUAGGACCGAAGGUACAACUGUCUCACAGACUAGUAGAAAAACACCUGAGAGAACGACUGGCACAAUCGCAACUAUUACAUCGCCAUUGACCAGCACCGAAGGUUCAACCGUCUCUCAGACUACUAGAACAACAGUGUCAAGCACCGAAGGUACAACUGUUUUACAGACUACUGGCAUUUCAGCUCAGACAACAACAGUCACAGUCGAAGCUACCACCUCGCCAGUGACCAGCACCGACGGUUCAACCGUGUCUCAGACUACAGUCACAACAGUAUCGGGCACCGAAGGUACAACUGUCUCACAGACUACUGGCACUAUAACUGAGACAACUACUGGCACAGUCGCAACUACCACCUCGCCAGUGACAAGCACCAAUGGUACAACUGUCUCUCAGACUACUGUCAAUACAGCUGAGACAACGACUGGCACAGUCGCAACUACCACCUUGCCAGUGGCAAGCACCGACGGUACAACUGUCACUGCCGCCACCUCUUCACCAGUGACUAGGACCGAAGGUACAACUGUCUCACAGACUAGUAGAAAAACACCUGAGACAACGACUGGCACAAUCGCAACUAUUACAUCGCCAUUGACCAGCACCGAAGGUUCAACCGUCUCUCAGACUACUAGAACAACAGUGUCAAGCACCGAAGGUACAACUGUUUUACAGACGACUGGCAUUUCAGCUCAGACAACAACAGGCACAGUCGAAGCUACCACCUCGCCAGUGACCAGCACCGACGGUUCAACCGUGUCUCAGACUACAGGCACAACAGUAUCGGGCACCGAAGGUACAACUGUCUCACAGACUACUAGCACUAUAACUGAGACAACUACUGGCACAGUCGCAACUACCACCUCGCCAGUGACAAGCACCAAUGGUACAACUGUCUCUCAGACAACUGUCAAUACAGUUGAGAUAACGACUGGCACAGUCGCAACUACCACCUUGCCAGUGACGAGCACCGAAGCUCAAGCAACAACAGGCACAGUCGAAGCUACCACCUCGCCAGUGACCAGCACCGACGGUUCAACCGUGUCUCAGACUACAGGCACAACAGUAUCGGGAACCGAAGGUACAACUGUCUCACAGACUACUGGCACUAUAACUGAGACAACUACUGGCACAGUCGCAACUACCACCUCGCCAGUGACGAGCACCAAUGAUACAACUGUCUCUCAGACUACUGUCAAAAGAGCUGAGACAACGACUGGCACAGUCGCAACAACCACCUCGCCAGUGGCAAGCACCGACGGUACAACUGUCACUGCCGCCACCUCUUCACCAGUGACUAGGACUGAAGGUACAACUGUCUCACAGACUAGUAGAAAAACACCUGAGACAACGACUGGCACAAUCGCAACUAUUACAUCGCCAUUGACCAGCACCGAAGGUUCAACCGUCUCUCAGACUACUAGAACAACAGUGUCAAGCACCGAAGGUACAACUGUUUUACAGACUACUGGCAUUUCAGCUCAGACAACAACAGGCACAGUCGAAGCUACCACCUCGCCAGUGACCAGCACCGACGGUUCAACCGUGUCUCAGACUACAGGCACAACAGUAUCGGGCACCGAAGGUACAACUGUCUCACAGACUACUGGCACUAUAACUGAGACAACUACUGGCACAGUCGCAACUACCACCUCGCCAGUGACAAGCACCAAUGGUACAACUGUCUCUCAGACUACUGUCAAUACAGCUGAGACAACGACUGGCACAGUCGCAACUACCACCUUGCCAGUGACGAGCACCGAAGGUACAACUGUCUCUCAGACUACUGGCACUACAGCUGAGACAACGACAGGCACAGUCGCAACUACCACCUCGCCAUUGACCAGCACCGAAGCUGAGACAACGACUGGCACAGUCGGAACAACCACCUCGCCAGUGACAAGCACCGACGGUACAACUGUCACUGCCGCCACCACUUCACCAGUGACUAGCAUCAAAGGUACAACGGUCUCUCAAACUACUGGUACUACCGAUGAAACAACGACUGUCACUGUCGCCAAAACGUCACCAGUGACUACCACUGAUGGUACAACCAUCUCUCAAACAACCGGCUCAACAACUUUGACAACAAUUGUCACGGACAACACAACUUCACCAGUGACUAGGACCGAAGGUACAACUGUCUCACAGACUAGUAGAAAAACACCUGAGACAACGACUGGCACAAUCGCAACUAUUACAUCGCCAUUGACCAGCACCGAAGGUUCAACCGUCUCUCAGACUACUAGAACAACAGUGUCAAGCACCGAAGGUACAACUGUUUUACAGACUACUAGCAUUUCAGCUCAGACAACAACAGGCACAGUCGAAGCUACCACCUCGCCAGUGACCAGCACCGACGGUUCAACCGUGUCUCAGACUACAGGCACAACAGUAUCGGGCACCGAAGGUACAACUGUCUCACAGACUACUGGCACUAUAACUGAGAGAACUACUGGCACAGUCGCAACUACCACCUCGCCAGUGACAAGCACCAAUGGUACAACUGUCUCUCAGACUACUGUCAAUACAGCUGAGACAACGACUGGCACAGUCGCAACAACUUCGCCAGUGACGAGCACCGAAGGUACAACUGUCUCUCAGACUACUGGCACUACAGCUGAGACAACGACUGGCACAGUCGCAACAACCACCUCGCCAGUGACAAGCACCGACGGUACAACUGUCACUGCCGCCACCACUUCACCAGUGACUAGCAUCAAAGGUACAACGGUCUCUCAAACUACUGGUACUACCGAUGAAACAACGACUGUCACUGUCGCCAAAACGUCACCAGUGACUACCACUGAUGGUACAACCAUCUCUCAAACAACCGGCUCAACAACUUUGACAACAAUUGUCACGGACAACACAACUUCACCAGUGACUAGGACCGAAGGUACAACUGUCUCACAGACUAGUAGAAAAACACCUGAGACAACGACUGGCACAAUCGCAACUAUUACAUCGCCAUUGACCAGCACCGAAGCUGAGACAACGACUGGCACAGUCGCAACAACCACCUCGCCAGUGACAAGCACCGACGGUACAACGGUCUCUCAAACUACUGGUACUACCGAUGAAACAACGACUGUCACUGUCGCCAAAACGUCACCAGUGACUACCACUGAUGGUACAACCAUCUCUCAAACAAUCGGCUCAACAACUUUGACAACAAUUGUCACGGACAACACAACUUCACCAGUGACAAGUACCGAAGGUUCAACCGUCUCUCAAACUACCGGCACUUCUGCUAAAACAACGACUGUCACUGCUGCCACUUCUUCACCAGUGACCAGCACCGAUGGUACAACCGUCUCUAAAACUACCGACAAUACCGCUGUAACAACGACUGUCACUGCCACCAGAACUUUACCAGUGACUAGUACUGAAGGUACACUCGUCUCUCAAACUACCGGCAUUAACGCUGAAACAACAACUGUCACUGCCGCCACCUCUUCACCAGUGACUAGGACCGAAGGUACAACUGUCUCACAGACUACUAGAACAAAACCUGAGACAACGACUGGCACAAUCGCUACAACUACAUCGCCAUUGACCAGCACCGAAGGUUCAACCGUCUCUCAGACUACUAGAACAACAUUGUCAAGCACCGAAGGUACAACUGUUUUACAGACUACUGGCAUUUCAGCUCCAACAACAGACACAGUCGAAGCUACCACCUCGCCAGUGACAAGCACCGACGGUUCAACCGUGUCUCAGACUACAGGCACAACAGUAUCAGGCACCGAAGGUACAACUGUCUCACAGAAUACUGGCACUAUAACUGAGACAACUACUGGCACAAUCGCAACUACCACCUCGCCUGUGACAAGCACCGAAGCCGGAACAACAACAGGCACAGUUGCAACUACCACCUCGCCAGUGCCCAGCACGGAUGGAACAACUGUCUCUCAAACGACAGGCACAUCAGGAUCUAGCACCGAUGAUACAACAGUGUCUGAAACUACUGGCACUACAGCUCAGACAACAACAGGCAUAGUCGAAAUAACAACCUCGCCAGUAGCUAGUACAGCAGUCGCAACUACCACCUCGCCAGUGACGAGCAACGAAGGUACAAAUGUCUCUCAGAUUACUGGCACCACAGCUGAUACAACGACUGGCACAACAGUAUCAAGCACUGAAAGUACAACUGUCUCUCAGACUAAUGGCACAACAGUGUCAAGCACCGAAGGUGCAACUAUAUCUCAGCCUUCUGGCACUACAACCGGGACAACAACAGGCAUAGUUGCAACUACCACCUUGCCAGUGCCCAGCACCGAUGGUACAACUGUCUCUCAAACUACAGGAACAACAGCUGAGACAACGACUGGCACAAUAACAACAACCACAUCGCUAGUGACCAGCACCGAAGCUACAACCGUCUCACAAACUCCUCUGACAAGAUUUUCAAGCACCGAUGGUACAACUGUGUCCCAAACGACUGGCACAACAGGAUCUAGCACCGAUGGUACAACUGUGUCUCAAACUACUGGCACAACGACUACUGGCACAACAAUUUCAAACACCGAAGGUACAUCUGUCUCACAGACUACUGGCACUAUAACUGAGACAACAACAGGCACAGUUGCAACUACCACCUCACCAGUGCCCAGCACGGAAGGUACAACUGUCUCUCAAACGACCGGCACAACAGGAUCUAGCACCGAUGAUACAACUGUGUCUCAAACUACUGGCUCUACAGCAGAGACAACAACAGGCAUAGUCGAAAUAACAAUUUCGCCAGUAGCCAGCACCGCAGGUACAACUGUUUCACAGACUACUGACAUUACAGCUGAGACAACAACUGGCACAGUUGCAACUAUAACCUUCCCAGUGACCAGCAGCGAAGGUACAACUGUGUCUCAAACUACUGGUACAAUAGUAUCAAGCUCCGAAGGUACAACUGUCUCACAGACUACUGGCACUACAGUUGAGACAACGACUGGCACAGUUGCAACUACUUCCUCGUCAGUGACCAGCACCGAAGCUGAGACAACCACCGGCACAAUCGCAACUACUUCCUCGCUAGUGACCAGCACCGAAGGUUCAACCGUGUCUCAGCCUACUGGCACAACCGUGUCAAGCACUGAAGGUACAACUGUUUCUCAUACUACUGGCACGCCAUCUGAGACAACAACAGUUGCAACUAUCACCUCGCCAAUGACCAGAACAGAAGGUUCAACUGGUACUACUGCUGACAAAACAACUGUCACAUCCACCACAACUUUACCGGUGACCAGCACCACAGGUAAAACUGUCAUUCCAACAAACGGUUCAACGACGAUAGCUGACGGAACAACAGCUGAGACAACAACUGUCACCAUCGCAACAACUUCGACAGAGACAAGCACCGAAGGUAGAAACGUCUCUCAAAAUACAGGCACUCCAGCUGAAACGACAACUGUCAAUGACGCCACAACAUCGCCAGUGACUAGCAUCACAGAUACAACUGUCUCUGAGUGGACAGGCAUUAACACUAAAACAUCAAUUGUCACUACCCCCACGACAUCUCAGGUCACUAGCAGCGUGGGUUCAACUAUCCCGCAGACAACCGGAACUACCCCUGACACAACAUCUGUCACAGCUGCCACAACCUCGCCUAUGACUAAUAACGAAGGUACAACCGACACUACCGCUGAAACAUCAUUUGUCACUGCCGCCACCACUUCACCAGUGACUAGCACCGAAGGUAUAACCGUCUCUCAAACUACCGACACUACCGCUAAAACAAAGACUGUCAUUGUCGCCACAACUUCGCCAGAGACUAGCACCAAAGGUACAACUGUCUCUGAGACAACCGCCUCUACCUCUAAUACAAAAAAUGUUACUGCCAGCACAACUUCACAAGGGAGUAGCAGCGAAGGCACAACUGUCUCUCAAACAACCGACACUACCGCUGACACAACGACUGUCACUGCCGCCACCAAUUCACCAAUGACAAUCACCGCAGGUCCAACCAUCUCUCAAACUACCGCUGACACAACGACUAUCACUGAUGCCACAACAUCACCAGUGACUAGCACCGAAGGUACAACCGUCUCUAAAACUACCAGCACUACCAUUGAAAGAACGACUGCCACUGUCGCCAAAACGUCACCCGUGACUACCACCAAUGAUACAACCGUCUCUCAAACAAGCGGCACAACAACUGACACAAAAACUGUCACUAACAACAUCACUCCACCAGUGACAAGCAUCGAAGGUAGAACUGUCUCUCAAACUACCGGAACUACCGCCGAAACAACGACUGUCAUUGUCACCACAACGUCGCCAGAGACUAGCACCACAGGUACAACUUUCUCUAAGACAACUGGCACUACUGCUGAAACAACAACUGUCACUGCUGCAACAACUUCGCCAGUGACUAGCACCAAAGGUACAACUGUCUCUGAGACAACCGGCUCUACCUCUGAGACAACGACUAUCACUGCAACCACCACUUCGCCAGUGGCUAGCACCGAAGGUACAAACGUCUCUCAAACUACCGGCACUACCACUGAAACAACGACUGUCACUGAUGCAACCACUUCACCAGUGACUAGCACCGACGGUACAACUGUCUCUCAAACUACCGACACUAUUGUGGAAACAACGACUGUCACUGUCGCCACAAUUUCUCCAGUGACUAGCAUCGAUGGUACAACCGUCUCUCAAACUAACGGCACUACCUCUGACACGACUAUCACUGUCGCUUCAACUUCACCAGUGACUACCAUCGAUGGUACAACCGUCUCUCAAACAGCCGGCACAACAACUGAGACAACAACAGUGAAGGAUGAAACAAUUUCGCCAAUGACUAUCACCAAAGGUACAACUGUCUCAAAGACAACUGGCACUACUGCUGAAACAACGACUGUCACUGCCGCAACAACUUCGCCAGUGACUAGCACCAAAGGUACAACUGUCUCUGAGACAACCGGCUCUACUUCUGAAACAACGACUGUCACUGCCACCACCACUUCGCCAGUGGCUACCACCAAAGGUACAAACGUCUCUCAAACUACCGGCAUUACCACUGAAACAACGACUGUCACUGAUGCAACCACUUCACCAGUGACUAGCACCGAAGGUACAACUAUCUCUCAAACUACCGGCACUACCGCCGAAACAACGACUGUUACUGUCGCCACAACUUCACCAGUGACUAGCAUCGAUAGUACAACCGUCUCUCAAACUAACAGCACUACCUCUGACACGACUAUCACUGUCGCAUCAACUUCACCAGUGACUUCCACCGAUGGUACAACCGUCUCUCAAACAGCCGGCACAACAACUGAGACAACAACAGUCACGGAUGAAACAACUUCGCCAAUGACUAUCACCAAAGGUACAACUGUCUCAAAGACAACUGGCACUACUGCUGAAACAACGACUGUCACUGCCGCAACAACUUCGCCAGUGACUAGCACCAAAGGUACAACUGUCUCUGAGACAACCGGUUCUACUUCUGAAACAUCGACUGUCACUGCCACCACCACUUCGCCAGUGGCUAGCACCGAAGUUACAAACGUCUCUCAAACUACCGGCACUACCACUGAAACAACGACUGUCACUGAUGCAACCACUUCACCAGUGACUAGCACCGAAGGUACAACUGCCUCUCAAACUUCCGGCACUACCGCCGAAACAACGACUGUCAAUGUCGCCACAACUUCACCAGUGACUAGCAUCGAUAGUACAACCGUCUCUCAAACUAACAGCACUACCUCUGACAAGACUAUCACUGUCGCUUCAAUUUCACCAGUGACUACUACCGAUGGUACAACCGUCUCUCAAACAGCCGACACAACAACUGAGACAACAACAGUGACGGAUGAAACAACUUCGCCAAUGACUAGCACCAAUGGUACAACUGUCUCUAAGACAACUGGCACUACUGCUGAAACAACGACUGUCACUGCCGCAAAAACUUCGCCAGUGACUAGCACCAAAGGUACAACUGUCUCUGAGACAACCGGCUCUACUUCUGAAACAACGACUGUCACUGCCGCAACAACUUCGCCAGUGACUAGCACCGAAGGUAUAACCGUCUCUCAAACUAACGGCACUACCACUGACACGACUAUCAUUGUCGUUUCAACAUCACUAGUGACUACCACCGAUGGUACAACCGUCUCUCAAACAGCCGACACAACAACUGAGACAACAACAGUAACGGAUGAAACAACUUCGCCAAUGACUAGCACCAAUGGUACAACUGUCUCUAAGACAACUGGCACUACUGCUGAAACAACGACUGUCACUGCCGCAAAAACUUCGCCAGUGACUAGCACCAAAGGUACAACUGUCUCUGAGACAACCGGCUCUACUUCUGAAACAACGACUGUCACUGCCACCACCACUUCGCCAGUGGCUAGAACCGAAGUUACAAACGUCUCUCAAACUACCGGCGCUACCACUGAAACAACGACUGUCACUGAUGCAACCACUUCACCAGUGACUAGCACCGAAGGUACAACUGCCUCUCAAACUUCCGGCACUACCGCCGAAACAACGACUGUCACUGUCGCCAAAACUUCGCCAGUGACUAACAUCGAUGGUACAACCGUCUCUCAAACUAACGGCACUACCUCUGACACGACUAUCACUGUCGCUUCAACUUCACCAGUGACUACCACCGAUGGAACAACCGUCUCUCAAACAGCCGGCACAACAACUGAGACAACAACGGUCACGGAUGAAACAACUUCGCCAAUGACUAUCACCAAAGGUACAACUGUCUCAAAGACAACUGGCACUACAGCCGAAACAACGACUGUCACUGUCGCAACAACUUCGCCAGUGAUUUCCAACGAUGGUUCAACCGUUUCUCAAACAGCCGGCACAACAACUGAGACAACAACAGUCACGGAUGAAAAAACUUCGCCAGUGACUAUCACCAAAGGUACAACUGUCUCAAAGACAACUGGCACUACUGCUGAAACAACGACUGUCACUGCCGCAACAACUUCGCCAGUGACUAGCACCGAAGGUAUAACCGUCUCUCAAACUAACGGCACUACCGCUGACACGACUGUCAUUCUCGCUUCGACUUCACCAGUGACUACCACCGAUGGUACAACCGUCUCUCAAACAGCCGACACAACAACUGAGACAACAACAGUCAUGGAUGAAACAACUUCGCCAAUGACUAGCACCAAUGGUACAACUGUCUCUAAGACAACUGGCGCCACUGCUGAAACAACGACUGUAACUGCGGCAAAAACUUCGCUAGUGACUAGCACCAAAGGUACACUUGUCUCUGAGACAACCGGCUCUACUUCUGAAACAACGACUGUCACUGCCACCACCACUUCGCCAGUGGCUAGCACCGAAGUUACAAACGUCUCUCAAACUAUCGGCACUACAGCCGAAACAACGACUGUCACUGUCGCAACAAUUUCGCCAGUGACUACCACCGAUGGUUCAACCGUCUCUCAAACAGCCGGCACAACAACUGAGACAACAACGGUCACGGAUGAAAAAACGUCGCCAGUGACUAUCACCAAAGGUACAACUGUCUCAAAGACAACUGACACUACUGCUGAAACAACGACUGUCACUGCCGCAACAACUUCGCCAGUGACUAGCACCGGGGGUAUAACCGUCUCUCAAACUAACGGCACUACCGCUGACACGACUGUCACUGUCGCCUCAACUUCACCAGUGACUACCACCGAUGGUACAACCGUCUCUCAAACAGCCGACAAUACAACUGAGACAACAACAGUCACGGAUGAAACAACUUCGCCAAUGACUAGCACCAAUGGUACAACUGUCUCUAAGACAACUGGCACUAUUGCUGAAACAACGACUGUCACUGCCGCAACAACUUCGCCAGUGACUAGCACCGGGGGUAUAACCGUCUCUCAAACUAACGGCACUACCGCUGACACGACUGUCACUGUCGCCUCAACUUCACCAGUGACUACCACCGAUGGUACAACCGUCUCUCAAACAGCCGACAAUACAACUGAGACAACAACAGUCACGGAUGAAACAACUUCGCCAAUGACUAGCACCAAUGGUACAACUGUCUCUAAGACAACUGGCACUACUGCUGAAACAACGACUGUCACUGCCGCAAAAACUUCGCCAGUGACUAGCACUAACGGUACAACUGUCUCUGAGACAACCGGCUCUACUUCUGAAACAACGACUGUCACUGCCACCACCACUUCGCCAUUGGCUAGCACCGAAGUUACAAACGUCUCUCAAACUACCGCCACUACCACUGAAACAACGACUGUCACUGAUGCAACCUUUUCACCAGUGACUAGCACCGAAGGUACAACUGCCUCUCAAACUACCGGCACUACAGCCGAAACAACGACUGUCACUGCCGCAAAAACUUCGCCAGUGUCUAGCACUAACGGUACAACUGUCUCUGAGACAACCGGCUCUACCUCUGAAACAACGACUGUCACUGCCACCACCACUUCACCAGAAGCUAGCACUGAAGGUACAAACGUCUCUCAAACUACCGGCACUAACACUGAAACAACGACUGCCACUGAUGCAACCACUUCACUAGUGACUAGCACCGAAGGUACAACUGUCUCUCAAACUAACGUCACUACCACCGAAACAACGACUGUCACUGUCGGAACAACUUCACCAGUUACUGCCACCGAUCGUACAACCGUCUCUCAAAUUUCCGGCACUACCGCUGAACCAAUGACUGUCACUGAUACCACCACUUUACCAGUGACUAGCACCGAAGGUACAACCGUCUCUCUAACUACCGGCACAACAACUGAGACAACAACUUACACAGACGCCACAACUGUCUCUGAGUCAACAGGCUAUACCUCUGAAACGACUGUCACUGCCGCAAAAACUUCGCCAGUGACUAGCACUAACGUUACAACUGUCUCUGAGACAACCGACUCUACCUCUGAAACAACGACUGUCACUGCCACCACCACUUCGCCAGUGGCUAGAACCGAAGUUACAAACGUCUCUCAAACUACCGGCGCUACCACUGAAACAACGACUGUCACUGAUGCAACCACUUCACCAGUGACUAGCACCGAAGGUACAACUGCCUCUCAAACUUCCGGCACUACCGCCGAAACAACGACUGUCACUGUCGCCAAAACUUCGCCAGUGACUAACAUCGAUGGUACAACCGUCUCUCAAACUAACGGCACUACCUCUGACACGACUAUCACUGUCGCUUCAACUUCACCAGUGACUACCACCGAUGGUACAACCGUCUCUCAAACAGCCGGCACAACAACUGAGACAACAACGGUCACGGAUGAAACAACUUCGCCAAUGACUAUCACCAAAGGUACAACUGUCUCAAAGACAACUGGCACUACAGCCGAAACAACGACUGUCACUGUCGCAACAACUUCGCCAGUGAUUUCCAACGAUGGUUCAACCGUUUCUCAAACAGCCGGCACAACAACUGAGACAACAACAGUCACGGAUGAAAAAACUUCGCCAGUGACUAUCACCAAAGGUACAACUGUCUCAAAGACAACUGGCACUACUGCUGAAACAACGACUGUCACUGCCGCAACAACUUCGCCAGUGACUAGCACCGAAGGUAUAACCGUCUCUCAAACUAACGGCACUACCGCUGACACGACUGUCAUUCUCGCUUCGACUUCACCAGUGACUACCACCGAUGGUACAACCGUCUCUCAAACAGCCGACACAACAACUGAGAAAACAACAGUCAUGGAUGAAACAACUUCGCCAAUGACUAGCACCAAUGGUACAACUGUCUCUAAGACAACUGGCGCCACUGCUGAAACAACGACUGUAACUGCGGCAAAAACUUCGCUAGUGACUAGCACCAAAGGUACACUUGUCUCUGAGACAACCGGCUCUACUUCUGAAACAACGACUGUCACUGCCACCACCACUUCGCCAGUGGCUAGCACCGAAGUUACAAACGUCUCUCAAACUAUCGGCACUACAGCCGAAACAACGACUGUCACUGUCGCAACAAUUUCGCCAGUGACUACCACCGAUGGUUCAACCGUCUCUCAAACAGCCGGCACAACAACUGAGACAACAACGGUCACGGAUGAAAAAACUUCGCCAGUGACUAUCACCAAAGGUACAACUGUCUCAAAGACAACUGACACUACUGCUGAAACAACGACUGUCACUGCCGCAACAACUUCGCCAGUGACUAGCACCGGGGGUAUAACCGUCUCUCAAACUAACGGCACUACCGCUGACACGACUGUCACUGUCGCCUCAACUUCACCAGUGACUACCACCGAUGGUACAACCGUCUCUCAAACAGCCGACAAUACAACUGAGACAACAACAGUCACGGAUGAAACAACUUCGCCAAUGACUAGCACCAAUGGUACAACUGUCUCUAAGACAACUGGCACUACUGCUGAAACAACGACUGUCACUGCCGCAACAACUUCGCCAGUGACUAGCACCGGGGGUAUAACCGUCUCUCAAACUAACGGCACUACCGCUGACACGACUGUCACUGUCGCCUCAACUUCACCAGUGACUACCACCGAUGGUACAACCGUCUCUCAAACAGCCGACAAUACAACUGAGACAACAACAGUCACGGAUGAAACAACUUCGCCAAUGACUAGCACCAAUGGUACAACUGUCUCUAAGACAACUGGCACUACUGCUGAAACAACGACUGUCACUGCCGCAAAAACUUCGCCAGUGACUAGCACUAACGGUACAACUGUCUCUGAGACAACCGGCUCUACUUCUGAAACAACGACUGUCACUGCCACCACCACUUCGCCAUUGGCUAGCACCGAAGUUACAAACGUCUCUCAAACUACCGCCACUACCACUGAUACAACGACUGUCACUGAUGCAACCUUUUCACCAGUGACUAGUACCGAAGGUACAACUGCCUCUCAAACUAUCGGCACUACAGCCGAAACAACGACUGUCACUGCUGCAGAAACUUCGCCAGUGUCUAGCACUAACGGUACAACUGUCUCUGAGACAACCGGCUCUACCUCUGAAACAACGACUGUCACUGCCACCACCACUUCACCAGAAGCUAGCACUGAAGGUACAAACAUCUCUCAAACUACCGGUACUAACACUGAAACAACGACCGCCACUGAUGCAACCACUUCACUAGUGACUAGCACCGAAGGUACAACUGUCUCUCAAACUAACGUCACUACCACCGAAACAACGACUGUCACUGUCGGAACAACUUCACCAGUUACUGCCACCGAUCGUACAACCGUCUCUCAAAUUUCCGGCACUACCGCUGAACCAAUGACUGUCACUGAUACCACCACUUUACCAGUGACUAGCACCGAAGGUACAACCGUCUCUCUAACUACCGGCACAACAACUGAGACAACAACUUACACAGACGCCACAACUGUCUCUGAGUCAACAGGCUAUACCUCUGAAACGACUGUCACUGCCGCAAAAACUUCGCCAGUGACUAGCACUAACGUUACAACUGUCUCUGAGACAACCGACUCUACCUCUGAAACAACGACUGUCACUGCCACCACCACCUCACCAGUAGCUAGCACCGAAGGUACAAACGUCUCUCAAACUUCCGGCACUACCGCUGAACCAAUGACUGUCACUGAUGCCACCACUUCACCAGUGACCAGCACCGAAGGUACAACCGUCACUCUAACUACCGGCACAACAACUGAGACAACAACUGUCACGGACGCCACAACUGUCUCUGAGUCAACAGGCAAUACCUCUAAAACAACGACUGCCUCUGCCGCCAUAACUUCACUAGUGACUAGCACCGAAGGUACAACCGUUUCUCAAACUACCGGCACUACAGCCGAAACAACGACUGUCACUGUCGCAACAAUUUCGCCAGUGACUACCACUGAUGGUUCAACCGUCUCUCAAACAGCCGGCACAACAUCUGAGACAACAACGGUCACGGAUGAAAAAACUUCGCCAGUGACUAUCACCAAAGGUACAACUGUCUCAAAGACAACUGACACUACUGCUGAAACAACGACUGUCACUGCCGCAACAACUUCGCCAGUGACUAGCACCGAAGGUAUAACCGUCUCUCAAACUAACGGCACUACCGCUGACACGACUGUCACUGUCGCCUCAACUUCACCAGUGACUACCACCGAUGGUACAACCGUCUCUCAAACAGCCGACAAUACAACUGAGACAACAACAGUCACGGAUGAAACAACUUCGCCAAUGACUAGCACCAAUGGUACAACUGUCCCUAAGACAACUGGCACUACUGCUGAAACAACGACUGUCACUGCCGCAAAAACUUCGCCAGUAUCUAGCACUAACGGUACAACUGUCUCUGAGACAACCGGCUCUACUUCUGAAACAACGACCGUCACUGCCACCACCACUUUGCCAGUGGCUAGCACCGAAGUUACAAACGUCUCUCAAACUACCGGCACUACCACUGAAACAACGACUGUCACUGAUGCAACCUUUUCACCAGUGACUAGCACCGAAGGUACAACUGCCUCUCAAACUACCGGCACUACAGCUGAAACAACGACUGUCACUGCCGAAAAAACUUCGCCAGUGACUAGUACUAACGGUACAACUGUCUCUGAGACAACCGGCUCUACCUCUGAAACAACAACUGUCACUGCCACCAUCACCUCACCAGUAGCUAGCACCAAAGGUAUAACCGUCUCUCAAACUUCCGGCACUACCGCUGAAUCAAUGACUGUCACUGAUGCCACCACUUCACCAGUGACUAGCACCGAAGGUACAACCGUCACUCUAACUACCGGCACAACAACUGAGACAACAACUGUCACGGACGCCACAACUGUCUCUGAGUCAACAGGCAAUACCUCUGAAACAACGACUGCCACUGCCGCCAUAAUUUCACUAGUGACUAGCACCGAAGGUACAACCGUUUCGCAAACUGCCGGUACUACCGCUGAAACAACGACAGUCAUUGUCGCGACAACUUCACCCGUAACUACCACCGAUGGUACAAUCGUCUCUCAAGCAACCGGCACAACAACUGAGACAAUAACUGUCACGGACACCACAACUGUCUCUGAGUCAGCAGGCAUUACCUCUGAAACAGCAUCUGUCACUGCCGCCAUUACCACACCAGUGACUAGCACCGAAGGUACAACCGUCUCUCAAACUGACAGCACUACAACUGAAACAACGACUGUCACUGCCGCCACAACUUCACCAGUGACUAGCAAUGUAGGCACAACUGUCUCACAGACAACCGGCACUAUCGCUGACACAACAUCUUUACCAGCUGCCACAACCUCACCAGUUACAAGCACAGAAGGUACAACCGUCUCUCAAACUACCGGCAUUACCGCUCAAACAACGACUGUCACUGCCGCCACAACUUCACCAGUGACUAUCACCAAAUGGAAAACGGUCUCUGAGUCAAUAGGCUCUACCUCUGAGUCAAUAGGCACUGUCUCUGAAAAAACAAAUGUCACUGCCACCACAAAUUCACCAGUAACUAGCAGCGUAGGCACAACUGUCUCGCAGACAACCGGCACUAUCGCUGACACAACUUCUGUCACAGGUACCACAACCUCAUCAAUGACUAUCACCGAAGGUACAACCAUCUCUCAAAAUACUAGAGCUACAGCUGAGAUAUCAACAAGUACAGUCGCAACUACCACCUCGCCAGUGACCAGCAAUGAAGGUACAACCGUGUCUCAGACUACUGGCACUACAGUAUUAAACACCGAAGGUACAACGAUCUCACAGACUAAUGGCACUACAGCUGAUCCAACAACAGGCACAAUCAGAACUAACACCUCGCCAGUGACCAUCACCGAAGGAACUGUUGUCUCUCAGACCUCUGGCACAACAGUGUCAAGCACCGAUGGUUCAACUGUUUCUCAGACUACUGGCACUUCAGGUUCAACGACAACAUAUGACGGAACAACAACAGGUUCAACGAAGAUAAGUACAGUUGACGGAACAACAACAGCCGAAGGUAUAACAGUUUCACAGACUACUGACACAACAGCUGACAAAACGACAGUCGCAGUCGCAACUACCACCUCACCAGUUACCAGCACCGCAGGCACAAUCGCAACAACCACUUCGCCGGUAACAAGCACAGAGGGAACAACCGUCACUCAGACACCUGGCACAUUAGUGUCAAGCACCGGAUAUACAACUGUUUCUCAAACUUCUGGCACUACAGCUGAGAAAACAACCAGCACAGUCGCAACUACCAACUCACCAGUUACCAGCACCGCAGUUAAAACCGUCUCUCAGACUAAUGGCACCACUGUAUCAAGCACCGAAGGUACACCUAUCUCACAGACUACUGGACUAGUGUUGCCAGCUGAGAAUACGGCAAGCACCAUUGCAACUAACACCUCGCCAGUGACCAGCACCGAAGCUGAGAUAACAGGCACAGUCGCAACUACCAUCUCGCCAAUAACCAGCACAGAAGGUACAACCGCAUCGCAGAAUACUGGCAACACUUUAUCAAGAACCAAAGGAACAACUGUCUCACAGACUUCUGAAACUGCAGCUGAGACAACGACAGGCAAAAUCGCAACAACCACUUCGCCGGUAACCAGCACAGAGGGAACAACCGUCACUCAGACUCCUGGCACGAUAGUGUCAAGCACCGGAGGCACAGUCGCAACUACCACCUCGCCAGUAACCAGCAACGCAGGUACAACCGUCUCUCAGACUACUGGCACCACUGUAUCAAGCACCGAAAGUACACCUGUCUCACAGACUAUUGGAUUUACAGCUGAGACUACGACAAGCACCAUUGCAACUACCACCUCGCCAGUGACCAGCACAGAAGAUACAACCGCUUCGCAGAAUACUGGCACAACUUUAUCAAGUACCGAUGCUACAGGCACAGUCGCAACUUCCACCUCGCCAGUGACCAGCACAGAAGGUACAACAGUGUCUCAGACUACUGGCACUACUGUAUCAAGCAACAAAGGUACAACUGUAUUACCGACUACUGUAACUACAGCUGAGACUACAACAGGUACAAUCGCAACUAGCAACUCGCCAGUGACGAGCACGGAAGUUACAACCAUCUCUCAGACUACUGGCAAAACAGAUGAGACAUCAACAAGCACAAUUGCAACUACCACCUCGCCAGUGACCAGUACAGAAGGUACAACCGUGACUCAGAGUACUGGCACCACUUUAUCAAGCACAAUCGCAACUACCACCUCACCAGUGACCAGCGCCGAAGGUGCAACCGUCUCUCAGACUACUGAAACAACAGUGUCUAGCACCGAAAGUACAACUGUUUCUCAAACUACUGGCACUAAAGAUGAGACAACAACAGGCACAAUUGCAACUACCAUCUCGCCAGUGACCAGUACAGAAGGUAGAACUGUCCCUCAGACUAUUGGCACAACAGUGUCAAGCACCAAAGGUACAACUUUCUCACAGACUACUGGAACUACAGCUGAGAAAACCACAGACACAAUCGGAACUACCACCUCGCCAGUGACCAGCACCGAAGGUACAACUAUAUCUCAGACUACUGACACAACAGUGUUAAGCACCGAAGUUACAACUGUCUCACAGACUACUGGAACUACAGCUGAGACAACAACAGGGACAGCCGAAACUACCAACUCGACAGUGACCAGCACAGAAGGUACAACCCUGUCUCAGACUACAGGCACUACAGUAUCUAGAACCGAAGGUACAACAGUUUCUGUUUCUCAUAAUACUGGCACUACAGCUGAGACAACAAUAGGCACAGACGCAUCUACCCCUUCGCCAGUGACCAGCACAGAAGGUACAACCGUGUCUCCGACUACAAACACUACAGUGUCUAGCACCGAAGAUACAAGUGUUUCACAAACUACUGGCACUACAGAUGGGACAACAACAGGCACAAUUGCAACUACCACCUCGCCAGUGACCAGUACAGAAGGUACAAUCGUGACUCAGAGUACUGGCACCACUUUAUCAAGUACUGAAGGUGCAACUGUCUCACAGACUAUUGGAACUACAGCUGAGACAACAACAGGCACAAUCGCAACUACCACCUCACCAGUGACCAGCACCGAAAAUACAACCGUCUCUCAAACGACAGACACUACAGUUUCUAGCACCGAAGGUACAACUGUUUCUCAAACUACUGGCACUAAAGAUGAGACAACAACAGGCACAAUUGCAACUACCACCUCGCAAGUGACCAGUACAGAAGGUACAACUGUCCCUCAGACUCCUGGCACAGCAGUGUCAAGCACCGAAGGUACAACUGUCUCACAUACUACUGGAACUACAGCUAAGACAACGACAGACACAAACGCAACUACCACCUCGCCAGUGACCAGCACCGAAGGUACAACUGUCUCUCAGACUACUGACACAACAGUGUCAAGCAACGAAGUUACAACUGUCUCACAGACUACUGGAACUACAGCUGAGACAACAACAGGGACAGCCGAAACUACCACCUCGACAGUGACCAGCACAGAAGGUACAACCCUGUCUCAGACUACUGGCACUACAAUAUCUAGCAGCGAAGGUACAACUGUCUCACACACUACUGGCACUACAGCUGAGACAACGACAGGCACAAUCGCAACUACCAUCUCGGCAGUGACCAGCACCGAAGAAACAACUGUCCCCCAGACUACUGCCACAACAGUGUCAAGCACAGGUGGUACAACAGUUUCUCAAACUUCUGGAACUACAGCUGAGACAACAACAGACACAACCGAAACUUCAACCUCCCCAUCGACCAACAUAGAAGGUACAACCGUGUCUCAGACUACUGCCACCACUGUACCAAGCACCGAAGAUACAACUGUCUCACAGACGAUUGGAACUACAGCUGAGACAACAACAGGCACAAUCGCAACUACCACCUCACCAGUGUCAAGCACCGAAGGUACAACUGAUUCUAAAACGACUGGCGCUACAGCUGAGACAACAACAGGGACAGUUGCAACUACUACCUCGCCAGUUACCAGCACAGAAGAUACAACCGCGUCUCAAAAUACUAGUGCUACAAUAUCUAGCACCGAAGAUACAACUGUCUCAGAGACUACUGGAACUACAGCUGAGACACCUACAGGGACAGUUGCAACUACUACCUCGCAAGUGACCAGCACAGAAGGUACAACCGUGUCUAAGACUACAGGCACUACAGUAUCUAGCACCGAAGGUACAACUGUCUCACAGACAACUAGCACCACAGUUCAGAAAACAACAGGCACAGCCGCAACUACCACCUCGCCAGUGACCAUCACAGAAGGUGAAACCGUGUCUCAGACUACUGGAACUACAACUGAGACAACGACAAGCACAAUCGCAACAACCACCUCACCAGUGACCAGCACCGAAGGUUCAACUGUUUCUCAAACUACUGGCACUACAGAUGAGACAGCAACAGGUACAGCCGAAACUUCCACGUCCCCAUUGACCAACAAAGAAGGUACAACCGUGUCUCAGACAACUAGGACCACUUUAUCAAGUACCGAAGGUGCAACUGUCUCACAAACUAAUGGUACUACAGCUGAGACAACGACAGGCACAAUCGUAACUACCACCUCACCAGUGUCAAGCACCGAAGGUACAACUGAUUCUCAAACGACUGGCGCUACAGCUGAGACAACAAGAGGGACAGUUGCAACUACUACCUCGCCAGUUACCAGCACAGAAGAUACAACCGCGUCUCAAAAUAUUGGCACUACAGUAUCUAGCACCGAAGAUACAACUGUCUCAGAGACUACUGGAACUACAGCUGAUACAUCGACAGGGACAGUUGUAACAACCACCUCGCCAGUGACCAGCAUCGAAGAUACAACCGUCUCUCAGAGUACUGUAACAACAGUGUCAAGCACCGAAGAUACAACUGUUUCUCAAACUACUGGCACUACAGCUAAGACAACAGGAACAGUUGCAACUACUACCUCGCCAGUGACCAGCACAACCCUAACUACCACCUCGCCAGUGACCAGCACAGAAGGUACAGCCGUCUCUCAUAUUACUGGUACUACAACUGAGACAACGACAGGUACGAGCGCAAUUACCACCUCGCCAGUGACCAGCAUAGAAGGCUCAGUCGCAAGUACCACGCCGCCAGUGACCAGCACCGAAGGUACAACCGUGUCUCAGACUACUAGCACAACAGUGUCAAGCACCGAAGGUACAACCGUGUCUCAGACUACUGGCACAGUGUCAAGCACCGAAGGUACAACUGUUCCUCAAACUACUGGCACUACAGUAUCAAGCACCGAAGGUACAACCGUCUCUCAGACUACUGGCACAACAGUGUCAACCACCGAAGGUACAACUGUUCCUCAAACUACUGGCACUUCAGCUGAGACAACAACAGGCACAAUUGAAACUACGACCUCGCCAGUUAUAAACACCGAAGGUACAACCGUGUCUCAAACUUCUGGCACUACAGUAUCAAGCACCGAAGGAACCACUGUCUCACAGACUACUGGAACUACAGCUGAGACAACAACAGGCACAACUGAAACUACGACCUCGCCAGUUACAAGCACCGAAGGUACAACCGUGUCUCAAACUUCUGGCACUACAGUAUCAAGCACCGAAGGAACCACUGUCUCACAGACUACUGGAACUACAGCUGAGACAACGACAGGCACAAUCGCAACAACAAUCUCGCCAGUGACAAGCACUGAAGGUACAACCGUGUCUCAGACUUCUGGCACUACAGUAUCAAGCACCGAAGGUACCACUGUCUCACAAACUACUGGAACUACAGCUGAGACAACGACAGGCACAAUCGCAACUACCAUCUCGCCAGUGACAAGCACCGAAGGUACAACCGUGUCUCAGACUACUGGCACAACAGUGUCAAGCACCGAAGGUACAACUGUGUCUCAGACUUCUGGCACUACAGUAUCAAGCACCGAAGGUACCACUGUCUCACAGAGAACUGGAACUACAGCUGAGAUAACGACAGGCACAAUCGCAACUACCAUCUCGCCAGUGACAAGCACCGAAGGUACAACCGUGUCUCAGACUACUGGCACAACAGUGUCAAGCACCGAAGGUACAACCGUGUCUCAGACUACUGGCACAACAGUGUCAAGCACCAAAGGUACAACUGUUCCUCAAACUACUGGCACUACAGUAUCAAGCACCGAACGUACAACCGUGUCUCAAACUUCUGGCACUACAGUAUCAAGCACCGAACGAACCACUGUCUCACAGAAUACUGGAACUACAGCUGAGACAACAACAGGCACAAUUGAAACUACGACCUCGCCAGUUACAAGCACCGAAGGUACAACCGUGUCUCAAACUUCUGGCACUACAGUAUCAAGCACCGAAGGUACCACUGUCUCACAGACUACUGGAAUUACAGCUGAGACAACGACAGGCACAAUCGCAACUACCAUCUCGCCAGUGACAAGCACCGAAGGUACAACCGUGUCUCAGACUUCUGGCACUACAGUAUCAAGCACCGAAGGUACCACUGUCUCACAGACUACUGGAAUUACAGCUGAGACAACGACAGGCACAAUCGCAACUACCAUCUCGCCAGUGACAAGCACCGAAGGUACAACCGUGUCUCAGACUACUGGCACAACAGUGUCAAGCACCGAAGGUACAACCGUGUCUCAGACUACUGGCACAACAGUGUCAAGCACCGAAGGUACAACUGUUCCUCAAACUACUGGCACUAUAGUAUCAAGCACCGAAGGUACAACCGUCUCUCAGACUACUGGCACAACAGUGUCAACCACCGAAGGUACAACUGUUCCUCAAACUACUGGCACUACAGCUGAGACAACAACAGGCACAAUCGCAACUACCAUCUCGCCAGUGACAAACACCGAAGGUACAACCGUGUCUCAACCUACUGGCACUAAAGUAUCAAGUACCGAAGGUACCACUGUCUCACAGACUACUGGAACUACAGCUGAGACAACGACAGGCACAAUCGCAACUACCAUCUCGCCAGUGACAAGCACCGAAGGUACAACCGUGUCUCAGACUACUGGCACAACAGUGUCAAGCACCGAAGGUACAACUGUUCCUCAAACUACUGGCACUACAGUAUCAAGCACCGAAGGUACAACCGUCUCUCAGACUACUGGCACAACAGUGUCAAGCACCGAAGGUACAACUGUUCCUCAAACUACUGGCACUACAGCUGAGACAACAACAGGCACAACUGAAACUACGACCUCGCCAGUUACAAGCACCGAAGGUACAACCGUUUCUCAAACUUCUGGCACUACAGUAUCAAGCACCGAAGGAACCACUGUCUCACAGACUACUGGAACUACAGCUGAGACAACGACAGGCACAAUCGCAACUACAAUCUCGCCAGUGACAAGCACUGAAGGUACAACCGUGUCUCAGACUUCUGGCACUACAGUAUCAAGCAACAAAGGUACCACUGUCUCACAAACUACUGGAACUACAGCUGAGACAACGACAGGCACAAUCGCAACUACCAUCUCGCCAGUGACAAGCACCGAAGGUACAACCGUGUCUCAGACUACUGGCACAACAGUGUCAAGCACCGAAGGUACAACCGUGUCUCAGACUACUGGCACAACAGUGUCAAGCACCGAAGGUACAACUGUUCCUCAAACUACUGGCACUACAGUAUCAAGCACCGAAGGUACAACCGUGUCUCAAACUUCUGGCACUACAGUAUCAAGCACCGAAGGAACCACUGUCUCACAGACUACUGGAACUACAGCUGAGACAACAACAGGCACAAUUGAAACUACGACCUCGCCAGUUACAAGCACCGAAGGUACAACCGUGUCUCAAACUUCUGGCACUACAGUAUCAAGCACCGAAGGAACCACUGUCUCACAGAAUACUGGAACUACAGCUGAGACAACAACAGGCACAAUUGAAACUACGACCUCGCCAGUUACAAGCACCGAAGGUACAACCGUGUCUCAAACUUCUGGCACAGUAUCAAGCACCGAAGGUACCACUGUCUCACAGACUACUGGAACUACAGCUGAGACAACGACAGGCACAAUCGCAACUACCAUCUCGCCAGUGACAAGCACCGAAGGUACAACCGUGUCUCAGACUACUGGCACAACAGUGUCAAGCACCGAAGGUACAACCGUGUCUCAGACUACUGGCACAACAGUGUCAAGCACCGAAGGUACAACUGUUCCUCAAACUACUGGCACUACAGUAUCAAGCACCGAAGGUACAACCGUCUCUCAGACUACUGGCACAACAGUGUCAAGCACCGAAGGUACAACCGUGUCUCAGACUACUGGCACAAGUUCAACCGUAAGCACCGAAGGUACAACUGUUCCUCAAACUACUGGCACUACAAUAUCAAGCACCGAAGGUACAACCGUGUCUCAAACUUCUGGCACUACAGUAUCAAGCACCGAAGGAACCACUGUCUCACAGACUACUGGAACUACAGCUGAGACAACGACAGGCACAAUCGCAACUACCAUCUCGCCAGUGACAAGGACUGAAGGUACAACCGUGUCUCAGACUUCUGGCACUACAGUAUCAAGCACCGAAGGUAUCACUGUCUCACAAACUACUGGAACUACAGCUGAGACAACGACAGGCACAAUCGCAACUACCAUCUCGCCAGUGACAAGCACCGAAGGUACAACCGUGUCUCAGACUACUGGCACAACAGUGACAAGCACCGAAGGUACAACUGUUCCUCAAACUACUGGCACUACAGUAUCAAGCACCGAAGGUACAACCGUCUCUCAGACUACUGGCACAACAGUGUCAAGCACCGAAGGUACAACUGUUCCUCAAACUACUGGCACUACAGCUGAGACAACAACAGGCACAACUGAAACUACGACCUCGCCAGUUACAAGCACCGAAGGUACAACCGUUUCUCAAACUUCUGGCACUACAGUAUCAAGCACCGAAGGAACCACUGUCUCACAGACUACUGGAACUACAGCUGAGACAACGACAGGCACAAUCGCAACUACAAUCUCGCCAGUGACAAGCACUGAAGGUACAACCGUGUCUCAGACUUCUGGCACUACAGUAUCAAGCAACAAAGGUACCACUGUCUCACAAACUACUGGAACUACAGCUGAGACAACGACAGGCACAAUCGCAACUACCAUCUCGCCAGUGACAAGCACCGAAGGUACAACCGUGUCUCAGACUACUGGCACAACAGUGUCAAGCACCGAAGGUACAACCGUGUCUCAGACUACUGGCACAACAGUGUCAAGCACCGAAGGUACAACUGUUCCUCAAACUACUGGCACUACAGUAUCAAGCACCGAAGGUACAACCGUGUCUCAAACUUCUGGCACUACAGUAUCAAGCACCGAAGGAACCACUGUCUCACAGACUACUGGAACUACAGCUGAGACAACAACAGGCACAAUUGAAACUACGACCUCGCCAGUUACAAGCACCGAAGGUACAACCGUGUCUCAAACUUCUGGCACUACAGUAUCAAGCACCGAAGGAACCACUGUCUCACAGAAUACUGGAACUACAGCUGAGACAACAACAGGCACAAUUGAAACUACGACCUCGCCAGUUACAAGCACCGAAGGUACAACCGUGUCUCAAACUUCUGGCACAGUAUCAAGCACCGAAGGUACCACUGUCUCACAGACUACUGGAACUACAGCUGAGACAACGACAGGCACAAUCGCAACUACCAUCUCGCCAGUGACAAGCACCGAAGGUACAACCGUGUCUCAGACUACUGGCACAACAGUGUCAAGCACCGAAGGUACAACCGUGUCUCAGACUACUGGCACAACAGUGUCAAGCACCGAAGGUACAACUGUUCCUCAAACUACUGGCACUACAGUAUCAAGCACCGAAGGUACAACCGUCUCUCAGACUACUGGCACAACAGUGUCAACCACCGAAGGUACAACUGUUCCUCAAACUACUGGCACUACAGCUGAGACAACAACAGGCACAAUUGAAACUACGACCUCGCCAGUUACAAACACCGAAGGUACAACCGUGUCUCAAACUUCUGGCACUACAGUAUCAAGCACCGAAGGAACCACUGUCUCACAGACUACUGGAACUACAGCUGAGACAACAACAGGCACAAUUGAAACUACGACCUCGCCAGUUACAAGCACCGAAGGUACAACCGUGUCUCAAACUUCUGGCACUACAGUAUCAAGCACCGAAGGUACCACUGUCUCACAGACUACUGGAACUACAGCUGAGACAACGACAGGCACAAUCGCAACUACCAUCUCGCCAGUGACAAGCACCGAAGGUACAACCGUGUCUCAGACUACUGGCACAACAGUGUCAAGCACCGAAGGUACAACCGUGUCUCAGACUACUGGCACAACAGUGUCAAGCACCGAAGGUACAACUGUUCCUCAAACUACUGGCACUACAGUAUCAAGCACCGAAGGUACAACCGUCUCUCAGACUACUGGCACAACAGUGUCAACCACCGAAGGUACAACUGUUCCUCAAACUACUGGCACUACAGCUGAGACAACAACAGGCACAAUUGAAACUACGACCUCGCCAGUUACAAACACCGAAGGUACAACCGUGUCUCAAACUUCUGGCACUACAGUAUCAAGCACCGAAGGAACCACUGUCUCACAGACUACUGGAACUACAGCUGAGACAACAACAGGCACAAUUGAAACUACGACCUCGCCAGUUACAAGCACCGAAGGUACAACCGUGUCUCAAACUUCUGGCACUACAGUAUCAAGCACCGAAGGUACCACUGUCUCACAGACUACUGGAACUACAGCUGAAACAACGACAGGCACAAUCGCAACUACCAUCUCGCCAGUGACAAGCACCGAAGGUACAACCGUGUCUCAGACUACUGGCACAACAGUGUCAAGCACCGAAGGUACAACUGUUCCUCAAACUACUGGCACUACAGUAUCAAGCACCGAAGGUACAACCGUCUCUCAGACUACUGGCACAACAGUGUCAAGCACCGAAGGUACAACUGUUCCUCAAACUACUGGCACUACAGUUGACACAACAACAGGCACAACUGAAACUACGACCUCGCCAGUUACAAGCACCGAAGGUACAACCGUGUCUCAUACUUCUGGCACUACAGUAUCAAGCACCGAAGGAACCACUGUCUCACAGACUACUGGAACUACAGCUGAGACAACGACAGGCACAAUCGCAACUACCAUCUCGCCAGUGACAAGCACUGAAGGUACAACCGUGUCUCAGACUUCUGGCACUACAGUAACAAGCACCGAAGGUACCACUGUCUCACAAACUACUGGAACUACAGCUGAGACAACGACAGGCACAAUCGCAACUACCAUCUCGCCAGUGACAAGCACCGAAGGUACAACCGUGUCUCAGACUACUGGCACAACAGUGUCA